UCAUCGGAAAACCAAAGCAUCGGCAGCAAGUGCCCAAGCGAUCAAAUCAUCGAUCGUACCCUACCCUGCAAAGCUCCGAUCCACGGGCACCAGCAAUGGCGGCGGUUCGGGGAUCGGUGAAGGGGAGCCCGAGUCCGUCGCGGCAGGUCCGCGCCUUGUUGCCCGGCGACGACGGGAGGGUCCCGAGAGGCUACGUCCCCAUGGUGCUCGUCGGCGACGACGUGGGAGACGGCGAGGAGCGGCGGAUCAUGGUGCGCGUCGAGAUGCUCAAGGAGCCGUGCAUGGCGGCCGUUCUGGAGAUGGCCGCGCAGCAGUUCGGGUACGGCCAGCGAGGCGUGCUCAGGAUCCCCGGCGGCGCCGGCCGGUUCCAGCAGAUGGUCGGCGUGGCGUGCGAAGCUAGAUAGAUGAUGAAUCGCAUUUGCACGUACAGACGC